AUGACCCAGAACUGCCCUGCAAGUCAUCUUUGUUUUCUUGACAAGUACCUCCAAGGGGCACCGUAUCUUCUUCCCAACGAACCCGCCAUCCUGGCACCGUACAUCUGCCACAGCGACCUCGAUCUCGCAAACAUUUUCGUGAACAACGGAGAGACUACCAGAAUGAUCGACUGGCAAGGCAUAUGGGGCACCCCGCUCAUGCUCAGUGGACGGCAACCGAGCUUUAUCCGCUUUGGGGGGGAACCGAUUCUCACUCUUGCCCAAGAUUUCGCCGAGCUCGGCAGCAAAGAACAGUCUGCGAUUGAAGCCCAGAUGAAACAGACUAUCAUUUGUAAUCUCUAUCAGACACGAGUGGCGGAAGAGGACCCCCUCCUCAAUCGCGUUUUCUACCAGGAAUUCGGCAUGCUGCGGUAUUGGCCCAUUCAGUUUGUGGGCGAUACAUGGGCUGGUGAUAUCAUUUUUCUGAGGGACAGUUUGAUCCAAAUCGAGAAGCACUGGGAAAAAAUGGGCUUUGAGUUUUCAAGCCCCCUACAUUUCGCAAAGGACGAUCUUCGUGUCUACGAUGAGGAAAUCAUCGGCUGGAACGAUAUACAGGUAUUCUGGGACGCAAUCUCUCAUUUUGUGGCGGAGGAUGGCUUCGUUCUUUCUGAUAUGUACGAAGAGUCUGUUCACAUAUUCAAGUACAUGCGGAACCGGGCCUUGGAACGGGUCACGCGCAAGGUUAGAGAGGUUUGA